UACAUCCAGUAAAAACAUAAACUCAGGUCCUUCACAACUUCCUUCACAACGGCUCUGCUCCGUGAAGCUGAAGUGGACAGUCACCAUGUGGAUCUCUGUGUGUCUGAUCAGCUCUUUACUUCAUAUCACUGCAGGCUGCACUAUAUUAGUCACUAACUAUGGUAAGAUCACUGUCUACUCAGGCCAGUCUGUUCUCCUGCCCUGCUCCUGUAGUAAUACCCAGGCUAAACCUCCCAGCUUCACAUGGACUAAACUCAGAGGUCAACAGACACCUGAGAUAAUACCAACCCAGAGUGAUCUGUACAGAGGCAGAGUGGAGAUGUUUAAUAGCACCUCUCCUGGGAACCUCUCUGUCCUCCUCUCACACGUCACCGAGGACGAUCAGGGGUGGUACAGGUGCCAAAUCAGCCAUGAAAAAUACAGCGACGUCGAACUCACUGUUGAAGGCUGCACUCUGUCAGAACCUCGAUCAAGGGUGGUCAAUGCAUCCCCAGGCCAGUUUGUUCUCCUGCCCUGCUCCUGUAGUAAUACCCAGGCUAAACCUCCCAGCUUCACAUGGACUAAACUCAGAGGUCAACAGACACCUGAGAUAAUAUCUCCCCAGAGUGAUCUCUACAAAGGCAGAGUGGAGCUGUUUAAUAGCACCUCUCCUGGGAACCUCUCUGUCCUCCUCUCACACGUCAUCGAGGACGAUCAGGGGUGGUACAGGUGCCAAAUCAGUGAGACUCAAAUGACAGACGUCAAAAUUGAUAUUCAAAGGAAAUACCAUCCUCUCACAACCACUACCACCAAACAUCCACCAUUAACUCAACCAAAUGGACGAGACAUUACAACAUUCCUAAUACCAACAACGUCACCUAAAGGGGCAGACACAGUGGGGACUUCAGAAGAAGAUCCAUCUGCUUCCCCUCAACAAUACAAUACAAUCCAAUACACCUUACUGGCUGUUCUACCAGUCAUACUGAUCAUCACUGGAGUGGCUUGGUACAUAUACAAGAGAAACAAAGGAAAGAAAAACACAGGAGAGAAAAGUAGUGGGAGCAAAACAGAAGGAGAGAAAAAGGAUGAUCCCUCUGUAAUGUAUGAUACGGUUCAAGAACCCAGAAACAACAACCAAGAGGAGACAACAACACCCCUCAGUGCUCCAGAGGAUCCCUCAGUGACAUACUCCACCAUCGUCUACAUGAAAGGAAAAAGGAACGCAGCAGUGAGUCUGGAGAGCGGUGGAAAAACAGAGUAUGCCACUAUCAAGACAGGCACGUUCUCCUAGAGCCACUGUACUGUAUGGCCUACUGUCAUCUCACAGCCUUUUCCUGCAGAGUGAUCUCAUAUUGGGCCCAGUAUCAAGAGGUUUGGUAUGGCACACAUGACUACAAAUAUAUUUCACUCUCUACUAAGACAUGUUAAGUGGUUAUCACAGGAAAUCAGAUGUUAACCUACAACCAAAAUAAUAAAGUCCCAGAGAUAUAGGCAAGAUGA